AUGCAGACACCUUGUCGCUCCACAGAGCUGUUGAGUAUGAGUGGUGUGAGUGCUGUCGGAUCGCUUCGGUCAGCGUCGAGAACUUCGUCAGCUGCGUCGUUAGCGGCAACGAGGCGUUCGCGCUCGCCUUCGCCGAUCAGCCAGUACGGCCUGCGGCAGAGCGCGCCACCAGCGGUGCGCUCGGUAACACCUGGAGUGGUUCCCUCGCCGACUAAUAAUGCCCCGUGUUUUGGGGGCGCUUCGGCGAGUGCUAUAUCGUCACCAGCGGGCCCCGAGUUGCAGUGUCCGAGACCGCGGUGGCCUGUGGCGUUUUCCGCAGCCGCAUGGUGCAACAGCGGUUCAUGGCAGACGUCAAGCACUGGCGGUAACGCGUUCGGCGUGAGCGGACUUUAUAUCAACGGGGUUGAGGAGGCAAACGCUUUGGAAAGCGAAGCAGUGACGGCUCAGGCUGCUGUGCGACCUGGGGGUCGCUGGAGUGCCGGCGUCACGCGGGGGUCGGUCGUAUCCGGGCGACCGAGCGGUUUUGGUGGUGGUAGUGGUGGUGGUGGCGGCGGCAGCAGCAGCAGCUCCAGUGCAGCGUUGAUUCUGCAACGCUCGUCCUCAUCACAGUCAGUGCAUUCACUGACACCGCCGCCGCCACCCUUGGGCUCGACGUGCUCGUCGCCGCUCUCUUCAUCGCCGACCAUUGGAGCCGGCAUGCAAACCGAGUGGCGGGCAUGGCAUCCUACGUUUCGUAUCGAUGAGACAGUAGAAUGUGCAGCGGAGCCACUUUGCGUGCGUCCUGUUGCUAUCAGGCGCGCAAACUCGUAUACUGCUCCGUCGCCGGGUCAUCACGGGGUCGCGAUUCCAUCACCGCUCGCUGGAGCACAUGGCAUGGCACCCUUUUUAAGCAGUGGCUAUGCGACCCCAAACAAGGUUGGUGAGUGUGGCGUUUCGCCGCCUGUGCGUGCAACGAAUCCGCAGUGUCGUGAUGCGCGCUUCUGUGUUCCCUGA